GUCCCAGGAUUUCACCACAGACGAUACAAAGUAGGCUACAGCAUUACUAUACGUUGACUUUGUAUGGAGUCGAACGCGCCUGUCACCUGGAACGCGUCUAUACGUUGACUUUGUAUGGAGUCGAACGCGCCCGUCGCCUGGAACGCGUCUAUACGUUGACUUUGUAUUGAAGUCGCGCCGCCCCUUCGCUUUUGAUGUGAACUUGCCAUUACUAUAGUUUCACUAUUCACAUGAACAAUGUGACGCAGUUAGCUGUGGUCAAAGCUCUUCCUGAUCUGUCUGCACUGAGGACCCCAGCAGCUCAAUCUUUACUCUCAGAACCUUUGUUAAUGUUCUGUCUCGCUUCUAAACACUUCUCUGUUAUUUGGUGAACACCUAAAUCUCUUUAUUCCCUUCUUUCCUUGCAUUUGUGCUUCUAUAUUUCCAUUCAACACGGGCAGCACACGAUUCGUCACGGAAAAGAUAAGGUCUCCAGUCUACUAUGGAUGAGAGAGAGGAGGGGGCUCCUACCUCUAAAACCACUCUGUCUGGGAAACAUGGCCUCCAGAGCAAAGCAAAGAGCCCAGAGCAGCGGGAGAGAGCAGACUCCCCUGGACCCAGCUGUGUCUCCUUGAAGAGUGACCACUCUAUGCAACAUCCUCCUGACCUUAAAGAUGGAAGCCCCUCCAGAGAGGAAGGAUUCCAGAAGGAGAGGGCAGACUCCCCUGGACCCAGCUGUGUUUCCAUGAAGAGCGACCGGUCUAUGGAACAUCUUCCUGACCUUAAAGAUGGACGUCCCUCCAGAGAGGAAAGCCGACCACAGGAGAGGUCAGAGGUUACCAGUGCUCAGUCUGUACAGCAGAAUCAAACAGAGCUGAUCAAGAGGGCUGAGGAGAACGCACACGCUUUUCUAGACAAGGAGCUGAAGAAGCUCUGGAGGGAUCUCUUCUCAGAUUACCCACAAUGCUCAGAGAGUCAGAGGGAGGACGAGGAGGUGGAUGGUAAGAACGAGGAGCAGAGGAGGCGCGCCAUAGAGGGAGUGGUAGACAUCACAAAGCUCUGCCUGAUGGAGAUGAACCAGGAGGAACUGGCCGACAAGCUGGGGAGUGGAGCUGUUGCGGUCCAGUGGCAACAUGAACUCAAGGCUCAUCUGAAGAAGAAGUUCCACUGUGUGUUUGAGGGAAUCGCUAGAGCAGGAGAGCAGAGACCUCUGAAUGAGAUCUACACAGAGCUCUUCAUCACAGAGAGAGGCAGUGGAGAGGUCAACAUGGAACAUGAGGUCAGACUGAUUGAAAAGGCAUCCAGGAAAACAGACAAUGAGGAAACACCAAUCAGAUGUGAAGACAUCUUUAAACCUUUACCUGGACAAGAUAAACCAAUCAGAACAAUAAUGACAACCGGAGUGGCCGGCAUUGGUAAAACUCUCUUAACACACAAGUUCACUCUGGACUGGGCCGAAGGCAAAGCCAACCACGACAUAGACUUCACAUUUCUCCUCACUUUCAGAGAGCUGAAUUUAUUGAAAGGGAAAGAGUUUAGCUUACUGGAACUUCUUCAUCAGUUUUCUGUUGAAACCAAAGAAUCAGGAAUCUACAGAUACGACCUUGACCAAGUAGUCUUCAUCUUGGAUGGUCUGGAUGAGUGUCGACUUCCUCUGGACUUCCAGAAUAACCCGAACUGGACGGAUGUCACCGAGCCGACCUCAGUGGACGUGCUGCUGACAAACAUCAUCAGGGGAGUCCUGCUUCCCUCUGCCCGCAUCUGGAUAACCACACGCCCUGCCGCAGCCAAUCAGAUCCCUGCUGAGUGUGUUGACAUGGUGACAGAGGUGAGAGGGUUCACAGACCCACAGAAGGAGGAGUACUUCAGGAAGAGGUUCAGAGAGGGGACAAUGGCCACCACAAUCAUCUCUCACGUCAAGAAAUCUCGAAGCCUCCACAUCAUGUGUCACAUCCCAGUCUUCUGUUGGAUCACUGCUACAGUUCUAGUGGACUUCUUCAAAACAUCCCAGAGAGGAGAAGAGGUGCCCAAGACCGUGACUCAGAUGUACAGCCACUUCCUGAGGGUUCAGUCCAUACAGGGGGACAGGAAGUAUCAUGGGAGAGCUGAAACUGAUCCACACUGGAGUUCAGAGAGCAGGGAGAUCAUUGUUUCUCUGGGGAAACUGGCUUUUAACCAGCUGGAGAAAGGUCAGCUGAUCUUCUACGAGGCAGACUUGGCAGAGUGUGACAUCGAUAUCAGAGCAGCCUCAGUGUACUCAGGAGUGUUCACCCAGAUCUUUAAAGAGGAGUGUGGACUGCACCAGGACAGGAUGUUCUGCUUUGUCCACCUGAGCAUCCAGGAGUUUCUGGCUGCCCUUUAUGUCUUUCUGUCCUACAUGAACACUGGUGUCAACCUACUCUCAGAAGAACAGCCAACCUCCAGGGAUGCUGAACUCCUCCUCCUCUACCAGAGUGCGGUGGACAAGGCCUUACAGAGUGAGAACGGACACCUGGACUUGUUCCUCCGCUUCCUCCUGGGCCUCACUCUAGAGACCAAUCAGAUGCUCCUACAAGGUCUGCUGGGACCAAGAGAUAGUAAAUUACUGGGCAAUCUAACUAAAAAAGUUCCACCGGGGCAGACAGGAAGGACGUCACAAAUCAAUACCCAAAUAGUCCAUUACAUCAAGGAGACGAUAGGUGGAGAUAUCUCUCAAGAGAGGAGCAUCAAUCUGUUCCACUGUCUGAAUGAGCUGAAUGACAGUUCUCUAGUGGAGGAGAUCCAACAGUACCUGACAUCAGGAAGACUCUCCACAGAAUCUCUCACAUCUGCUCAGUGGUCAGCUCUUGUCUUCAUCGUACUGACAUCAGAAGAGCAGCUGGACGUGUUUUACCUGAAGAAAUACUCUGCUUCUGACGAGGGUCUUCUGGGGCUGCUGCCACUGAUCAAAGCCUCCAAAACAUCUCUUUUGAAUGGCUGUAAACUGUCAGAGAGAUGCUGUAAAGCUCUGGCCUCAGUUCUCAGCUCCAACUCCUCUAGUCUGAGAGAGCUAGACCUGAGUUCCAAUCGUCUAAAGGAUUCAGGAGUGAAGCUGCUCUCUGCUGGACUGGGGAGUCCACACUGUACACUGGAAACUCUCAGGCUGAUUGGCUGUCAUCUGUCAGAGCGAUGCUGUGAAGCUCUGGCCUCAGCUCUCAGCUCCAACUCCUCUAGUCUGAGAGAGCUGGACCUGAGUACCAAUGAUCUGCAGGAUUCAGGAGUGAAGCUGAUCUCUGCUGGAAUGGGGAGUCCACACUGUACACUGGAAACUCUCAGGCUGAAUGGCUGUCGUCUGUCAGAGAGAUGCUGUGAAGCUCUGGCCUCAGUUCUCAGCUCCAACUCCUCUAGUCUGAGAGAGCUGGACCUGAGUUCCAAUGAUCUGCAGGAUUCAGGAGUGAAGCUGCUCUCUGCUGGACUGGGGAGUCCACACUGUACACUGGAAACUCUCAGGUUGUCUGGCUGCCAGGUCACACAGGAAGGAUGUGCUUCUCUGGCCUCCGCUCUGAGCUCCAACCCCUCCCAUCUGACAGAGCUGGACCUGAGCUACAAUCACCCAGGAGACUUGGGAGCUGCACUGCUCUCUGCUGGACUGGAGGAUCCACACUGGAGACUGAACACUCUCAGUUUGGAGCACAGUGGAGUGUGGAGACUGAAACCAGCUCUAAAGAAGUAUGCCUGUGAACUCACACUGGACCCAAACACAGCCAAUAGACGACUCUCUCUGUCUGAGGACAACAGAAAGGUGACGCGGGUUGAAGAGGACCAGUCGUAUCCAGAUCACCCAGAGAGAUUUGACGACCAGCUCCAGGUGUUGGGUAGAGAGGGUCUGACUGGCCGCUGUUACUGGGAGGCAGAGUGGGGAGGACGGGUUGGUAUAGGAGUGGCAUACAGAGGAAUGACGAGGAGAGGAGAGGGUGAUGACAGCCUGUUUGGAUGGAACAACAAGUCCUGGGGUCUUGUUUGUGAUGACGACAAUGCUGCUGCUGCCUACUCUGCCCGUCACAACGGUAGUUCAACAUCCAUACGUCUCCCCCCCCCUCACUCUAACAGAGUAGGAGUGUAUCUGGACCGGCCUGCUGGCUCUUUGUCCUUCUACAGAGUGUCCCCAGGUGGAGGGGGGUUCUCAGACACACUGACACACAUCCACACCUUCUGGUCCUCCUUCACCCAGGAGGUCCUCCUCCCUGGGGUUGGGUUACGUAAGCCUGGUUCCUCAGUGUCUCUGUGGGGUGCAGGGACAAUACCGCAGCAGAGACCGCACUUCGGGAUGUGCGAUGGCUGGCAGGGCAAAGCCCUCCUGAAACGACCGCAGCUCUCGGGCAGCUCCAGGCAAUCAUGUCUCCAGUCUACUAUGGAUGAGGAGAGGGAGGAGGGGGCUCCUACCUCUAAAACCACUCUGUCUGGGGAACAUGGCCGCCAGAGCAAAGCUAAGAGCCCAGAGCAGCGGGAGAGAGCAGACUCCCAUGGACCCAGCUGUGUCUCCAUGAAGAGUGACUGGUCUAUGGAUGAUCCUCAUAACUUUAGAGAUGGAAAUCAGUCUAUUAAGAAGAGAAGAGUCCAGAAGGAGAGAGCAGACUCCCCUGGACCCAGCUGUGUCUCCAUGAAGAGCGACCGCUCUAUGGGUCAUCCUCCAGACCUUAAAGAUGGACGCCCUUCCAGAGAGGAAGGAUUCCAGAAGGAGAGAGCAGACUCCCCUGGACCCAGCUGUGUCUCCAUGAAGAGCAACUGGUCUAUGGAUCAUCCUCCUGACCUUAAAGAUAGACGGUCCUCCAGAGAGGAGAGUCGACCCCAGGAGAGGUCAAAGGUUACCAGUGCUCAAUCUGUACAGCAGAAUCAAACAGAGCUGAUCAAGAGGGCUGAGGAGAACGCACACGCUUUUCUAGACAACGAGCUGAAGAAGCUCUGGAGGGAUCUCUUCUCAGAUUAUUACCCACAAUGCUCAGAGAGUCAGAGGGAGGACGAGGAGGAGGAUGGUAAGAACGAGGAGCGGAGGAGGCGCGCCAUAGAGGGAGUGGUAGACAUCACAAAGCUCUGCCUGAUGGAGAUGAACCAGGAGGAACUGGCCGACAAGCUGGGGAGUGGAGCUGUUGCGUUCCAGUGGCAACAUGAACUCAAGGCUCAUCUGAAGAAGAAGUUCUACUGUGUGUUUGAGGGAAUCGCUAGAGCAGGAGAGCAGAGACCUCUGAAUGAGAUCUACACAGAGCUCUUCAUCACAGAGAGAGGCAGUGGAGAGGUCAACAAGGAACAUGAGGUCAGACUGAUUGAAAAGGCAUCCAGGAAAAUAGCCAAUAAGGAAGCACCAAUCAGAUGUGAAGACAUCUUUAAACCUUUACCUGGACAAGAUAAACCAAUCAGAACAAUAAUGACAACCGGAGUGGCCGGCAUUGGUAAAACUGUCUUAACACACAAGUUCACUCUGGACUGGGCCGAAGGCAAAGCCAACCACGACAUAGACUUCACAUUUCUCCUCACUUUCAGAGAACUGAAUUUAUUGAAAGGGAAAGAGUUUAGCUUACUCAAACUUCUUCAUCAGUUUUCUGUUGAAACCAAAGAAUCAGGAAUCUACAGAUACGACCAUGACCAAGUAGUCUUCAUCUUGGAUGGUCUGGAUGAGUGUCGACUUCCUCUGGACUUCCAGAACAACCCGAUCUGGACGGAUGUCACCGAGCCAACCUCAGUGGACGUGCUGCUGACAAACAUCAUCAGGGGAGUCCUGCUUCCCUCUGCCCACAUCUGGAUAACCACACGCCCUGCCGCAGCCAAUCAGAUCCCUGCUGAGUUUGUUGACAUGGUGACCGAGGUGAGAGGCUUCACCGACCCCCAGAAGGAGGAGUACUUCACGAAGAGAUUCAGAGAGAGGCAACUGGCCAGCACAAUCAUCUAUCACGUCAAGGAAUCUCGAAGCCUCCACAUCAUGUGUCACAUCCCAGUCUUCUGUUGGAUCACUGCUACAGUUCUAGAGGACUGCUACAAAAAAUGCCAGAGAGGAGAAGAGGUGCCCAAGACCUUGACUCAGAUGUACAGCCACUUCCUGAAAGUUCAGUCCAUACAGGGGGACAGGAAGUAUCAUGGUCGAGCUGAAACCGAUCCACACUGGAGUUCGGAGAGCAGGGAAAUGAUUGUUUCUCUUGGGAAACUGGCUUUUAACCAGCUGGAGAAAGGCCAGCUGAUCUUCUAUGAGGCAGACUUGGCAGAGUGUGACAUCGAUAUCAGAGCAGCCUCAGUGUACUCAGGAGUGUUCACCCAGAUCUUUAAAGAGGAGUGUGGACUGCACCAGGACAGGAUGUUCUGCUUUGUCCAUCUGAGCAUCCAGGAGUUUCUGGCUGCCCUUUAUGUCUUUCUGUCCUACAUCAACACUGGUGUCAACCUGCUCUCAGAAGAACAGCCAACCUCCAGGGAAGCUGAACUCCUCCUCUACCAGAGUGCUGUGGACAAGGCCUUACAGAGUGAGAACGGACACCUGGACUUGUUCCUCCGCUUCCUCCUGGGCCUCUCUCUAGAGACCAGUCAGAUGCUCCUACAAGGUCUGCUGGGACCAAGAGGAAUUAAAUCACUGGGCAAUCUAACAAAAAACGUUCCAUCGGGGCAAACAGGAAUGAGGUCACAAAUCAAUACCCAAAUAGUCCAUUACAUCAAGGAGAAGAUAGGUGGAGAUCUCUCUCUAGAGAGAAGCAUCAAUCUGUUCCACUGUCUGAAUGAGCUGAAUGACAGUUCUCUAGUGGAGGAGAUCCAACAGUACCAGUCAUCAGGAAGACUCUCCACAGUAUCUCUUUCCUCUGCUCAGUGGUCAGCUCUGGUCUUCAUCUUACUGACAUCAAAAGAGCAGCUGGACGUGUUUUACCUGAAGAAAUACUCUGCUUCUGACGAGUGUCUUCUGGGGCUGCUGCCAUUGGUCAAAGCCUCCAAAACAUCUCUGCUGAACAGCUGUAAGCUGUCAGAGAGAUGCUGUAAAGCUCUGGCCUCAGUUCUCAGCUCCAACUCCUCUAGUCUGAGGGAGCUGGAGCUGAGUACCAACGAACUGAAGGAUUCAGGAGUGAAGCUGCUCUCUGCUGGACUGGGGAGUCCACACUGUACACUGGAGACCCUCAGGCUGAAUUGCUGUCAUCUGUCAGAGGACUGCUGUGAAGCUCUGGCCUCAGCUCUCAUCUCCAACUCCUCCAGUCUGAAACACCUGGACCUGAGUUCCAAUGAUCUGAAGGAUUCAGGAGUGAAGCUGCUCUCUGCUGGACUGAGGAGUCCACACUGUACACUGGAAACUCUCAGGCUGAAUAGCUGUCGUCUGUCAGAGGAAUGCUGUGAAGCUCUGGCCUCAGUUCUCAGCUCCAACUCCUCUAGUCUGAGAGAGAUGGAGCUGAGUACCAAUGAUCUGCAGGAUUCAGGAGUGAAGCUGCUCUCUGCUGGACUGGGGAGUCUCCACUGUACACUGGAAACUCUCAGGCUGAAUGUCUGUCAGCUGUCAGAGAGAUGCUGUGAAGCUCUGGCCUCAGUUCUCAGCUCCAACUCUUCUCGUCUGAGAGAGCUGGACCUGAGUACCAAUGAUCUGCAGGAUUCAGGAGUGAAGCUGCUCUCUGCUGGACUGGGGAGUCCACACUGUACACUAGAAACUCUCAGGUUGUCUGGCUGCCUGGUCACACAGGAAGGCUGUGCUUCUCUGGCUUCAGCUCUGAGCUCCAACCCCUCCCAUCUGAGAGAGCUGAACCUGAGCUACAAUCACCCAGGAGACUCAGGAGCUGCGCUGCUCUCUGCUGGACUGGAGGAUCCACAAUGGAGACUGGACACUCUCAGUGUGGAGCACGGUGGAGUGUGGAGGCUGAAACCAGCUCUAAAGAAGUAUGCCUGUGAACUCACACUGGACCCAAACACAGCCCACAGACGACUCUCUCUGUCUCAGGACAACAGGAAGGUGACGGGGGUUGAAGAGGACCAGUCGUAUCCGGAUCACCCAGAGAGAUUUGACUUCCAGCACCAGGUGUUGUGUAGAGAGGGUCUGACUGGCCGCUGUUACUGGGAGGUAGAGUGGGAAGGACGGGUUAAUAUAGGAGUGGCAUACAGAGGAAUGACAAGGAGAGGAAUGAGUACUGACGCCUGGUUUGGAUGGAACAACAAGUCCUGGAGUCUUGUUUUUGCCGACGACAAUGAUGCUGCUGUCUACACUGCCCGUCACAACGGUAGUUCAACAGAUAUACCUCUCCCCCCCCCUCACUCUAACAGAGUAGGAGUGUAUCUGGACCGGCCUGCUGGCUCUCUGUCCUUCUACAGAGUGUCCCCAGGUGGAGGAGGGUCCUCAGACACACUGAAACACAUCCACACCUUCCAGGCCUCCUUCACCCAGGAGGUCCUCCUCCCUGGGGUUGGGUUACGUAAGCCUGGUUCCUCAGUUUCUCUGUGAGUGUCCAUUGUAGAUACACAAGCACACACAAAGACCCAUUGA